AUGGAACCAAGUACAUCCCUGAAUGACGAUAGUACGAAGACUCAACCAUCCUUGGACGACCUUAUCAAGCAAGCUGCCGCCAAAGAUGCCAUCAAGGAUUACAACGCCGCUGCAGAGCUGUACUCUGAGGCCACGGAACUUCAAGCAGAGCUUAACGGAGAAUUAGCGCUCGAAAAUGCAGACUUACUAUUCGCUUACGGAAAAGCCCUCUACAACGUUGCCGUCAGCAAGAGCGAUGUGCUUGGGUCCAAGGUAGCUGGAGAAUCACAGCCGAGCAGCACGUCUAUUGAGAGGCCAUCCGCUGCGGCAACAGCCACAACCGCAGGCAUCGUUGAGAAAGCUGUAGCCCAGAGCCCACCCGAGAGAUCCUCAGGAGCCCAGAAGACAAAUACUGGUGAUGUUCCAGCUAAGCCGUACUUCCAAUUUACUGGUGACGAAAACUUUGACGACUCGGAUUCGGAAGACGAGGCCGACGGCGAGGAAGCUGCGGCCGAUGACGAAGACGACUUUGCCAAUGCCUUUGAAGUUCUUGACUUGGCACGUGUACUAUACCACAAAAAGAUGACUACGAUAGAGGAAGGAAUUGGCAAAGGGAAAUCCGCAGGUUUACCUCCAGAUCUCAAACACGUCAAGGAACGUCUCGCGGAUACCUACGAUUUACAAGCCGAGAUCUCACUGGAGGCAGAAAGGUUCAAAGACGCGGUGACGGACUUGAGGACGUCUCUAGAAUUAAGGCAGUCUCUGUUUCCGAUGGAGGAUCCUUCUGUUGCAGAAUGUCACUACAAGCUUUCCCUUGCUCUAGAAUUUGGCUCCGUCAAGAAUGAGAAUGACAACUCCCAAGAGGACACCAGCCCCAAAGAGCCGGUCGACGAGGAAAUGAGGAAAGAGGCCGCAGCUCAAAUGGAAAAGGCUAUUGAAAGUUGCCGUCUAAGGAUGGAUCAAGAACAGAAGAAGUUGGUCGACGAUAGUUCGUUGGAUGAGGACAGGGUGACCGCUAUGAAGAGAAGAAUAGCAAAUGUCAAAGACAUUAUAGCUGACAUGGAGCAAAGGCUCGUCGAUCUUCGACACCCGCCAGUAUCUGCUAUCGAGAAUAGCGAUGCAGACAACACGGUGCUGAAGGGUAUUUUGGGUCAGAUUAUGGGGCAUUCCCCUUCGGAGCAAAAGGCUCAUCUCGAUGCUGUCACGAGAGAAGCAAAUGACCUUUCUGCGUUCAUUAAAAGAAAACCUGCGAGCAACAAGCCACCACAGAAGAGUGACACUGUAGCAAAACGAUCGGCUCCGGAAGAUGGCGCGGGAGGCGAUACAAAGAGAGCACGAGCAGGCGAUGAACUUGAAUGA